GUAAAUUUGGAGAGAUGUCGUGGCAACAAGAUCAAAACUAUUCUUAUUAUGUUUGUAGCCGCAAACUUCCCGGUUUAUUAUCAGGAGAUUGGAAAUUGAUAGCAGCAAUACUGUUACUGGAUUUCAAUAUUCCACAGAGAAGAAAUGUCAGUGCCAGGAGCUCAUCUGGUUGAGCAUGGAGUUGUUGGGAAGGAUCACGUGUUUGAGGUGCCAGUGAAAGGUAUCAAAACUCCAGAUGAUAUGCAGAUUUGGGAAAAGUCAGAAGCGUACAGUGAAUACUUCGGCUUUAUAUUGGCUCUGAAUGAGGCCGUUCAGGGUAAAGCUGUCAACUCAGAAUAUCCAGCAUCUCAGGCAGUUUUAAAUACAGUCGUUAUGCUGGAUACAUUCGAUCAAUGGCUGACAGAAAUCCCACCAACAGAUCAGCCGCAGAGAUUUGGAAACAAAUCGUUUCGUCUUUGGCAUGCACGACUCCUCGAGAGGAGUGCAGAAGAGUUGAAGAAAGUAUUAUCCGAGGAUUUACACAAAUCGGUCCCUGAGCUGAGUCAAUAUCUCUGUGAAGGAUUCGGCAAUGCAACGAGAAUCGACUAUGGUACAGGUCACGAAAUGGCCUUCGUAAUGUUUCUGUGUUGUCUGUUCAAAAUAGGAGCUUAUCGGGCCGAUGAUAAAGUGGCAGCUGUCAAUAAAGUCUUCACCAGGUACAUGGAAUUCAUAAGGCGGUUGCAGCUGGCCUACAGGAUGGAGCCAGCAGGUAGUCACGGUGUCUGGAGUCUCGAUGAUUAUCAAUUCGUGCCGUUUGUCUGGGGAAGUGCCCAGUUAAUAGGUCACCACAGAAUUGAACCUCGUCAUUUCGUGGAUCCAGGGGUAGUCGAAGCCCAUAGCAAAAAUUAUUUAUUUCUAUCGUCCAUUGAGUUCAUCUCGAAGGUUAAAAUCGGCCCAUUUGCUGAACAUUCCAAUCAAUUAUGGAAUGUAAGUGCUGUCCCAUCAUGGGCGAGGGUUAAUGCAGGUCUCAUAAGGAUGUACAAAGCAGAAGUUUUAUUGAAAUUCCCAGUAAUUCAGCACGUUAUGUUCGGCUCUCUAUUCACUCUCAAACCAGCUCCAACAGGUCCAAUGUACAAAGGAGCAUGUCUUGUGCCACCAGGACCUCCGCAGUUGCCUAAAUAAUUGUCCCCUCGUAUUGUUUUAAUUGCGAUAGUUAAUAAGUCCAGAGAAAUGCCUGAUAAUGAGAUUUACCGAAAUAAAAAUAUUUUCCCGGUC